CGUGACCCUGCUGCCUUUGCUCAAAAGCAGCUCAAAUUCCUGUAAAAAGCCUGAGAUGAGUGACAUCAUCUAAACUAUGAACACUCUCCAAGUCCUCCUGUUUUUGGCUCUAAUUCUUGGAUCUGCAGUGCAAGACGAGAAAGAAGUGGAGGUUGGAGAGGAUGCAACUCUCGAUUGUCAGGGUCCCCAUGAAGGGAACAUCUUACGGCUAGCAUGGACCAAGAGUGACCUGAAAGCAGACAAUUACGUCUUUUUCUUUCGGGAAGAUCGUCUUUACAAAACAUACCAACAUGAAUUAUUCAAAGGUCGAGUGGAGCUGGAAGACCCAAACAUGAAAAGUGGAAAAAUGUCCAUCAUUCUGCAGAACACCACCGUUAAUGACACUGGAACAUAUGAGUGCCACAUCUCAUAUGAAACAGACCACAGCCAGAGAUCUGAGAUGAAGCAGGAAACCAAGCUGAAAGUUACACCUGCAGUUCAAAGACAAGGAGCCAGGAAGGAAGGAGCAAAGAAGGACAGAUCUGUUGGACUUAUAUCCGGUCUAUCAGUUUCCAGCCUGCUUCUCAUUGUUGCUGCUGUUGGAUAUUUGGUGUAAAGAAAACAGCAAAAGAGUCGGAACUUGGGCUGUGAUCAGGCUGAACGACAGAUGAACUGAUGGACAGAAAUUCAAUGAGUGUGAAACAUGUCCAGAACUUUCCCUGAAAGCCUUUGCACUGGGACAGGGAAAAAAAGAAAACCCACUGACUAAAUGAUAAUGGUGAUAGUAUUUGGUGUUUUUGAGGAUCAGACUAACAAGACAAAAACUCUUGCACAUGAAUAUAUUACCACUUCAUAAAAUAGUCUUGUAAUAUGAUCCAUGUCCCUGAAGGCAACUGGAAUAUUUUGCACUUCUAAAGGGUGAAAAAAUGCUGCUGUAUUCAUGUGAGACAUCGACAAGAAGCUUGGCAGUAUCACACGUGGUGGCGCGAUAUUCAUGACAAACAUUUCAAUCAGCCGGCAGCAGGUGGAAACAUUCACAGAGGGGAUGACCCGGCUCUUGGAAGAAAAUCAAAUAAGCUUAUAUUGAGCUCCAGGUACAUGACCUGGAGCAAUUGUGGUUCAAGAGUUGGGAGUUUGCCUUGUAAUCAGAAGGUUGCUGGUUUGAGCCCUGGUUUGGACAGUCUUGGUCGUUGUGUCCUUGGGCAAGACACUUCACC